AUGAAGAGAGUAUUUCUCAUGGCUUCCAGUAAACAGGAUCCCGUCAUCUUAGCGACGUGCAAGCAAACCCGGUUCCACUUGGCCGAAGGGAAGGGUUCAGGCGAGAUCGAUAUACAAGGCCUAGAUAUACAAAUCGCCUCACGCUCUUCCCAAGGCCAAGAUGCUGAGGCCUCAGGCACUGGAAAGUCCAAGGCGCGUAAGAAGGAUAAAUCCGGUUCAGGACUGGAGAUACUUAACGGUGCUACUCUUCGACUGAAGGCCGGAGUACACUAUGGCCUUGUUGGUCGAAAUGGAACGGGGAAGUCAACCCUACUACGCGCCAUGGCGGAUAGGUUAAUACCUGGCUUACCCGAGUCUGUCGGAAUUGCAAUUCUUCAACAAACAGAUAUCGACGUUGACCCUCUCACUUUAGUGACUAGGAAUGCUGCGGCAUUGGAGGUAGGCGAGGUGCUCGCAAAAAAAGAACCAAGAACAGUCCUACAGCAGGUCGUGCAAAGCGAUAAAGCCCGGAACGAGAUCACUCGCAAACUCAAGAUCUUAUCACAGGCCCUGGAGGGACAUGAAGAUUCUCUGGCCCCAGUGAAAGCCAUUCGGCAUCUACGCCAUGAAGCUCGUCAGCAUGAGCUAUUUCUGGCCCAAAAGAAUGCAAGUCUAAGAAGUGGCGCUCGUGGUUUGCAGGCUAGAAAGGACUUGAAAAUGGCGGAGAGUAAGGUUGAGGAGUCAGCUGUGUGCCUCGAGGAAGAUCUUACAGCGUUGGACAAUUCUAAGAUCCAGGAGGAAACCCAGGCGGCUGUUGAAUUACUUGCUGAUGUUGAGGCUCAGUUUGAAAGCAUCAACGUCCUGGACCUGGAUCAGGAGGCUCGAAAGGUCCUCUUAGGCCUGGGGUUUAAAGAAGCGGACCUCGACCAGCCAUUUUUCUCCCUUUCGGGCGGCUGGCGCAUGCGAUGCAUGUUAGCCGGCGCCCUGAUCCAAAGUGCUGAUAUCAUGAUUUUGGAUGAACCGACCAACUUCCUCGACAUGCUAGGAGUAAUCUGGCUUGAAACGUAUCUCACGCGAAUGCGGGAACUAUCCGAUAAAACGGUCGUAGUCGUUUCCCAUGACCGGGAAUUCCUCAACAACAUCUGUGAGGAGAUUAUAAUUCUCAAGGACAAGACUCUCACGUACUUUAAAGGUAAUGUUUCUGCGUACGAGCAGGACCAAGAAUCUCAGAAGCUCUAUUGGGGGAGGAUGAAGGAAGCGCAAGAGCGACAGGUUGCGCAUAUGGAGAACACCAUCAAGACAAACACAAAAAUCGGCAAGAAGACGGGAGACGACAAUAAGUUGCGGAUGGCAAAGUCUCGUCAAAAGAAGCUUGAUGACAGGAUGGGAGUGGAAGUCAGUGCGUCCGGGGGGAGGUUCAAGCUAAGCCGCGAUCGAGCUGGGUGGCACGAUUCGCUGCGAGCUGAAAUAGAGGUGCCAGCCGACGAGAAGGGGGUUUCGAUCUACAUCCCGGAUGCCCCCGAUCUGAGGUUUCCAGGUCCUCUGCUCUCCCUCGAAGGCGUGGCAUUCCAAUAUAAACGUGGUGGUGCGGUGGUACUCAAGUCUAUUGACUUGGUGAUGCAUAUGGGGGACCGUGUAGGCAUUCUGGGCCUCAAUGGUUGUGGGAAGUCGACGCUUUUGAAGCUUUUCGUGGGCUCCGAGGAGCCAACUCAGGGGAAGAUAUCACGGCACCCACGACUGAAGCUCGGCUACUACUCGCAGCAUUCGGUGGAAGAGCUCCAGGAGCUCGGGCAGUCGGCACCAGCGGAAACCGGGCUCAGCCUCUUGUGCAAGGAGACAGAAGGUGUUCUCGAAGAGGGAGAGGUUCGAGGCCUGCUGAGUUCCCUGGGAUUGCCGGGACGGACAGCAUCAGACGUCCCUGUCUGCCAGUUGUCAGGAGGACAACUGGUUCGGCUUGCACUAGCCCGGAUAUUAUGGCAGAUGCCACAUAUCUUAGUUCUGGAUGAAAUAACAACGCAUCUCGAUUUCCACACCGUCCUUGCAUUGGCUGCAGCGCUUUCGUCAUACAACGGCGCACUCCUGCUCGUCUCCCACGACCGAUACCUGGUUCGGAAGGUGAUUGAAGGCAAACAGAACCUAGACGACGACGAUGGAGCAGAGCUUGAAGCCAAGACGCAUGACGAGGGAGACGAGUCAAAGCGCCGAGACGUUGUUGUGCUGAAGGCUGGUAGACUGCAGCUGCAAGAGGACGGGGUUGACCAGUUUGAGGCCAGUCUCCAGAAACGGGUCCGAAAGAUGAUAGCUUAA